AUGUCGUUCUCCAGUCUGUUCGAGUACCUGCUGACGCCGUCGAUGGAGGUCAUCUUCUUCGGCAUCAUCGUCGUCCUCCUCGUGCCCCUCGUCCUGCACACGGUCCUCAUGGGCAAUCCCGACCACACGAACCUGCCUGUCGUCAUGCUCGCGGGCCCCAUGGGCGCCGGCAAGACGGCCCUCGCCUCCCUCCUCGAGCGCGGCACGGCGCCGUCCGAGACGCACACGUCGUACGAGCCCAAGCUCGUCGAGCUCAAGGCCGUCAAGGACGCCAAGGACGCGUUCCGCGCGCACGACGACAAGACGCCCCUCGGCAAGGCCACGACGGCGAGCUUCUCCCUGCUCGACACGCCGGGCCACCCCAAGCUGCGGCGCCACGCCCUCGACAAGAUCCGCCCCAACAUCAACGAGCACCAGUACAAGGCCGUCGUCUUCGUCGUCGACGCCGCCGCCCUCGGCGACCAGCCCGUCCUCGCCGACGCCGCCGAGUACCUCUACGACGUGCUGCUGACGCUGCAGCGCCGCUUCAUCGCCAAGAACAAGUUCCGCGGCCCCGACGAGAAGCGCAAGGGCAACCAGCUGCGCCCCGUCCUCGUCGCCGCCAACAAGGCCGACCUCUUCACGGCCCUGCCCGCCACCGUCGUCCGCGCCACCCUCGAGGCCGAGCUCGCCCGCAUCCGCGCCUCGCGCAGCAAGGCCCUGCUCGACUCGGGCGUCAAGGAGGACGACCUCGGCUCCGAGGCCAACGACAGCUGGCUCGGCGAGUACGGCUCGUCCAAGUUCGCCUUUGACCAGCUCGACGAGUUUGACAUUUCCGUCGACGUCCUCGGCGGCCACGUCACGGGCCAGGACGGCCCUUCGGUCGACAAGUGGUGGCAGUGGAUUGCGUACCGCGUCUGA